UUUACCAUUCCAGAAAAUUAAGAAAUACAAAAAGAUCAUGGCAAAGUCAUUUAGCAGAGCAAAUGGGAAGAGAAAGAGUGGCAUGAACCUCAAGGCAGUGGUAGAAAAGCUUCAAAAGAGUUUUCUACUGGGCAAGAGGUCAGUGCAGGCGAAUCAUCUCUAUGAUGAGUUUGAGGAGUCCAAGGAUGUUCCUAGUGACGUUAAAGCAGGGCAUUUCGCGGUAAUGGCGGUGGACGAUGAUGAGAGGCGGCUUAAGAGAUUCAUCGUUCCGCUGAGUUGUUUGAGGAAUCCUUGUUUCUUAAGGCUGCUGGAAAAAGGUGCAGAGGAGUAUGGGUUUGAACAUGAAGGUGCACUCAUGCUUCCUUGCAGGCCAAGUGAGUUGGAGAACAUUAUUGCCAAGCAAUGUCGUAAUGGAGAAGCAGAUUAUUGGAGUUCUCCUGCAAGUCAAGAGCUCUAUGUUUGA